AAAUAAAUUUUUUUUUUACUAUCUACACCAUGGACAAGUAAAAAAUUGUGUUUCCUUUGCUCCUUCCUUUUAGUAUCAUAGAUAUGCAAAUGUUUGAUUAUCACACGCCAAACAAUUAACGGUAACAGCUGCCUUUAAGCUUCUAGCGUUAUUAGGUCAACAAACAUUUUUUAAGAAUUCGGUUUAAGUAUUGCUGUUUAGUACAAGUUAUGGCCUGCUGACUGUCACAGUAUCACCAUCGUCACACAAAUCGCUAAUACGUGCGAAUAAAGUCUGCCUUUCUAGAAUACCGGGGGGAAAUCAUGCCAGGUUUGAAACUCUGAAUUUGUAUUGCAGCUAAGUGGGGAUCCCCUUUCCCCAAGUCCCUUUUCAUGUGUCGUAAAAAUUUCUACUUCAUGUUGCUAUACUGCCUACACUUUUACCACAAUAGCUGCUCUAUCAACAGCCCCCCUCCCCCCCACCCCCCAAAAAAAAAGAUUAUAAUUUAAAACCUGUCUUCCGCUUUUCUUCUUUACAUUAUCACAAAUCCUCCUAUAUGUGCUCCGAAUAUGCCUUGUGUCGACAGAGCGUUUUGGGCCGCCACGCUAACCUGUGCUUCUUUUGCACUGCAAACAAUACACUAUUUCAUUUGUUGCAGUGCUAAACAACGUAUAAGUUCACCAUACAAUGGGUCCCGUUCAAACUCUCAUUUAUGGAUGCAGUAGAGUUUGGGAGGCAAGAGAUAAGCGGACAGACGGAUUGCCCUUAACGGAAUCUCCACUAACGUCAGUCCUGAUUUGCCUGGCUUACCUGUUGGCUGCCAAAAUAUUGGGUCCGAAGUUGAUGGCAAAUCGUCCACCUUACGACUUGCGAGGAGCACUGGUGACUUACAAUGCCUUCCAAAUCGUUUUUAAUGGCUGGAUGUUCUACCGCAUCUGCUGUGUGACGUGGCUGAAAGGCUACAAUCUGAUUUGCCAGCCAGUGGAUUACUCUGACAACGAAGAUGCUCUUCAGGCGAUCAGCAUGGGAUACUUUUACUGCGUAUCCAAACUCAUUGAUCUACUGGACACCUUGUUCUUUGUGUUACGUAAAAAGGAGAAUCACUUAACUUUUCUCCACAUUUAUCAUCACGUCUGUAUGCUGUUAACAGUAUGGAUUGGCUUCCGGUUCAUUUCGGGGGGUCAAAGUGCUUUUCUGCCAACCGUCAACACUUUAAUGAACAUCGGUGUGCACUUUUAUUACCUCAUUGCAGCAAUGGGUCCGUCUUUUCGAAAAUACCUGUGGUGGAAAAAGUAUUUAACCGUUUUUCAAAUGUUCGAAUUAGCCUGCAUUGGUUUGCAUGGAUCACAAUUAUUAUUUGUCGAUUGCGGCUUUCCUUCCGCCAUUUCGUGGUAUUACGUUGUGCAAACGUCUAUUUUUUUGCUCCUAUUCAAGAACUUUCAUUCAAAAAAAUACCCAACAAACAACAAUUUACAAUGUAGAAGUAAAAUGAAUUAACAUCCAGGACUUUAAUCAUGUCACAACUAAUCGCCCCCUUUCCAUUUAGAGCAUUUUCAUAAUGUUACCAGAGGUAGUAGUCUACUUGUUUUCUCAUUUUUGAAAUUACAAAAUUUAUGAGUA